UUAAAUAUUUUUAUGGGGGUAUUAUAUAUGGGUAAUUAGCGUAAAAAGGAUGACCUCUUCAAGCAGUAAAAUAAUUAUCUGUAUUUUUGUAUCAUCAGAACAUAAACAAUAAAGUAGUCGUAUACAUAUACUUUACUCAAAAAUAUACAUUUUAUUUAGGUUUCUUGACACAAAAGCCAAUAAAUCUUACCGCAAGCUAUCAUCAAAUGUUAAAGCAACUGUCACAGGAAACAGCCAUGACCUGCUGUGACUACUCUCAUUAUACAUUCAAUUUCUUUCACGUGGAUAGAGAUGUAAUUAAAUUAUGUUUUGUUCACAUGACGUCUAUUAAACAUAUCCUCUUUCUCUUGCUGAGGUUUAAUCCGUUUCUUUUUCCCCAUUUAAGUAUUUUUUUGGGGAGAGUUCAAGGAUCCAAAGACAGAAGAUCUCAUAACUUUUAAAGCCCUCUAAGUCAAAUUUGUGAUCUGUGAUAUUGGGCGAUAUGAAUACAAUUAAAAUUGAAUUGAGUUAAAAAUUUAAUUUGUUUAGGUUGCUUUCUCACCUUUUAAAUUGCACACAAAAAACGGGUUAAAUUCAAGCAAUUGCGAAAUGGGAACAGUACAUUUUAAAGCUGAAAACAAAAUAGAGUAACAGCGUUGAAUUAAAAAAAAACUUUGGAAAAGCAAUGUAUUAAUGAAUUAGAAUACAUGUGCAAGGUAUAUUUCUUCAGUAUGACACCUUUUUUUAUUACCAUCUUGUUUAAACUAAAUACUUAAAUGCUGGUUACACAAUGUAACCGCUCAUUUGUGAAAGUGGUAUUCAAUAGCAUGCCUCACAUUCCGACCUCACCAGGGCGUGGCAAUGCGCGCGACUUAGCACCGGUGGCGGGCGGGAGUCACGUGACUACUCAUGUGACAGGAGGAAGUAGGAGGGAGUGGGGGGGGAGUCAAAACCGGAACAAAAUGGCUGCGACGGGCGACGACGCCGCAGCAAUGGACAGCAUCUCCAGGGCUCCCGCGGCCCAACUGGCGGCUCUGAACGCGGCAGCGAAGGCCAGCGGCCCGCCGGAAGCCCCGGAGGACGCGGCGGAGGCCCCGGCGGUGGCUCCCAAGAAGCCGGGCACGAACAGUGACGGUGGCGUGGAGACGGCGGAGGAGGCCGUGGAGCCUUCAGACUCCGACAUGAACGAGCUGUGCACCGACAUGUUUGAGAAGAUGUCCGUCUUCCUCCAAGGAGAACUAACGGGCACGUGUGAGGACUACUGCCUCCUGGAGAACAUGAACAAGCUCACCAGCCUGAAGUACAUGGAGAUGAAGGACAUCAGCAUCAACAUCAGCCGCAACCUGCAGGACCUCAACAACAAAUAUGCCAGCUUGCAGCCGUACCUGGACCAGAUCAACCAGAUCGAGGACCAGGUGUCGUCGCUUGAACAGGCGGCUUACAAACUGGACGCGUACUCCAAGAAACUGGAGGCCCGAUUCAAGAAACUGGAGAAGCGAUGAAAAGGAAAGUGAAGAGAGAAAGUAGGAGCUGCAAUGAAGACGUGAACCAAGACUGAAACCACAAACGGAGACUCUUUGACACCCAGGAAGCGAGACCCGGAGGAAGCGGCUGGAUGUGAACUAGAGCUGCCCUGAUUGGCUUAGAAUGUGUUAUUCUUUUAAACUCCAUUAUCACGGAUGUUGGGCAGAAGAUGAACGAGUGAAACCCACAAAUCAGUUUAAUUACUAUAAUUUCUUUCAUUGAGUGGAUUCAGAAUCUACUGAUUUACUCCUAGAGAAACAGAAACGUGUGGAUGAAAUGAUACUUCGGUCAUUGUAAAUAUUUACCUGAUGAAGCAUGUUUAUAUUUAAUAUCCAGCCUUCUGAUUUUACUUGAUGGAUAUGUUUCCUCUGGAUAAAGCCACCUGACGCUCUGAUGUUACACUAUUUAUCCUAAAUGUGUGAAUUCCUCCACAAACUAGUUUAUCUCUCUCUGUAUUGGUUUAAAGUUUGUUUUAUAUUAAAUAUAUUUAAUAUGGA